GAUUCACGCGUUCAGUCGCUGUGGCGCAACGGUGUGAGACAGGUUACGACAAUGGUCUGGAAGCGUCCCGAAAGCGUGCCCUACCCGUCCGUGUGGCUCACGUUCCAGGCGAAGGACACGGACAAUGAUCGGCUGGUAACGUACCGGGUGCAGGAUUUGCCGGAAGAUCGCUUCGAGGACGCGAUCGCGCAUAUGACCGAGCACUUUGCUUAUGAUGAACCGACCUGCCGUGCUAAAAAUAUCGUGGAAGAGAAGCAGAGCAUGGACGAGAUAGCCGAUCUGUGGCGAGAGUUUAUCAAGUUCCGGUUGGUGGUCGUGUGCUUUAAGGAGGGUAGCGACGAGAUCGCCGGCAUGAACAUGCUGUACGCGAGCAGCAAGGACGAAAAGGACGCGUACAAACCGAAAGGAGAAAUAUGGCGUAGCAUCUACGAUCUGGUCGACUACACCACCAAGCAAGCGAAUGUGUUCGAGCGGUACCAAGUGUCGCACUACCUGGGAGCGAUGGGCCUCUCCGUGGCACCGAAGUACCGUGGCCGUGGCCUAGCGACCGAGAUUCUGCGGGCUCGAAUGCCUCUGUGCCGGGCCGUGGGCUUACCACUAACGUCCACCUGCUUCACGGCCAUCGCGUCUCAGUCGGCAGCGGCAAAGGCCGGCUUCGAGGAAUCGUACGUAGUGUCCUACGACGAGCUGGCGAACGUCGACGAGCGGUUCGUUUUUCCUAACCUAACGACCAAGUACGUGAAAGUGAUGUCCCAGCGUGCAGAAUAAAGGGGCCCCAUGUCACCGGCUCUUUAAACCAUGUACGCUACGCUGGCCGUAUCCAUAUGCUGAAUCAACGUGCGCAUAAACGUCAUCUCUUUGCGGGCAUUCUCGAGGAUCACUUUUGGAUCCUGCGACUGGCAUCGGAGCAGAUUCGGCGCAAACACCAUCGCCAGGUUCGACGAAUCCAUCUUCGUGUUGGCAACGACAUCCGGCAGUGCAAACUGUUGCAGGAAGUGUAUCAAAAACGUCAAAACCUGAAAAUAAAGCGUCUCGUCAAACCAAAUCGAGCACUGUAGCUAUGUGUAACUAUGACAAUAAAUUCGAAAAAAAACUA